AUUGUCAUCAAAAUGGGAACUGCAGAGGGAGAUAACCUCUCACCAUUGAUACCGAUACCUACCAAGAAUGUAGAUAAGAAAUGUGAGAUGUGUGAGCAGGAUUCAUCCAAGUACACUUGUCCAAGAUGCCAGAUGAAGACGUGCUGCCUCUCCUGCGUAAAGAACCACAAGUCACAGAGAGGAUGCUCAGGGGUGAGGGAUAAGACGCCUUACGUUCCCAUCAAGGAGUUCACAGAGAAUCAUCUUCUGAACGAUUACCGAUUGUUAGAAGACAUGGACAGAAAGCGUUAUGCUGCUAAUGGAGAUGUAAAGAACAAGCCAGGCUACCUCAACUUCAGAUGGAAGCUGGUUAGUAAGAAGGCAGCUGAUAGAGGUGUGAGGCUCAGACUGUUACCACAUUUCUUCUCUAAGCACAAAGAAAACUCCACCACAUUUAUCAAGAAAACCAAGUUGAUAGCAUGGCAUGUGAAGUGGAUCUUUCCUAAAUCCAGUGCUGAAUUCACAGAUACAAGGCUGAGUGAGGAAGUCAUUCUGAGAGAAGCAUUAGAUAAGUACCUUCAUCCUGACAGAGCCGAUCCAGUCAUACGUCAAAGACUAAAGAAGUACUGUUCCAAAGGGAUUGAUGAUGUGGAGGUGUACAUGAAGGUUGAGGACAAACCUGCUAAUACUGUCAGGUACUACAGCCUGGCUUUAGACAAGACCCUUGGUGCUAACCUGAAAGGGAAGAUCAUUGUAGAGUACCCUACAUUCCACGUCACGCUGCGUGACGACACUGAGCAGUAUCAACUGCUUGACCACGAAAAAAUGGACCAGUCACGUGUUGCAGUUGAAAACAACUCCCAGUCUGUGAAUACGCUGGAGCAAGAGAAGGAAGAUGGAGAAGACGAAGGCCCUCCAGAAGAAACAACAUCACAUCAAAUAGAUGAUGCUAAAUCGCAGUCUGUGAAUACAGUGGAGAAAGAGAUGGAGGACGGUGAAGAUGAAACCCCUCCAGAAGAAACAACAUCACAUCAAAUAGAUGAUGCUAAAUUGCAGUCUGUGAGUACAGUAGAGCAAGGGAUGGAGGACGAAGAAGAUGAAACCCCGCCAGAAGAAACCACAUCACGUCAAAUAGAUGAUUUAAAACCUCAGUCUCUGAGUACUAUGGAGCAAGAAAGGAAAGACGGUGAUGCAGAUGAAGGUCUGCCAGAAGAGAUAUCAUCACACAAAAUGAACAAUACCAGAUAAAACUUACCAAAUUGAGGCUUGUUUGCACAUGUUAACUUGAACUGUGAUGGUUUUUUAUUCGCACUUAAGCGUACUACACUUACUUUUCUUUAUAAUUGACUAAAUUACAAUGUAUAGCUUAUAAACAUAAUCUGUAACCCAACUGCAACUGUAACAUAAAGUAUGUUAUAUAAAUGUCUAUUUUUUAAUCCUUUUUUAAGUUUUAUUUAGUGUUCUAAAAAUCGGUAAAGAGUCCUUAAUGGACCAUGGACUUGGUGGUAUCCAUAUUUGAAAUAAAUACUUGAUGAAACAACACAUAACGCACAGAGAAGUGAGUAUGUGUAAGGCUACUGUUGAAUGCAGUUACUCCUUUCAUCCCCACUUGCCAUUCAUUCAGUACACACACAAAAAUGUGAACUGGUUAUUGCGGCAUAUGUGAACGACCCUUUAGAGAUCACAAUUAAACCAAAACAAAAGAUAAAGUCAGAUGAAUCUCACCAAAUCUAGAAAUAUAAUGAGACCAAUCCAUCGCAGCUAUAUCAACCCCUUACAAUGAUUACAUGUGUAGCUAAGCACCAAGGCAUUUGACACUGUUGAUCUGAUCAGUGCAAUAGACCAGGGGCCCGUUACUCGAAACUGUC